AUGGGAACAAAUACAAGGUUAUCAAUGUCACCACGCAGCCAGACUGUGGGCCAACUUGGGCAAUGGAUACAGGAUAACAAUAAUUCACCCAGCAGGCAGUUUCCUGGGAAAUCGACCACGGGCGUUUCCAAAUCUUUGGAGUCUCCAAUGAGCACCGUCCCAUCAUCUAGGAGUUUGAAUAAACAACAACAAGAUUUUUGGAAGCAGAACCCGUUAUAUUUCCAGAAGCUUGCCGUAUCUAAUUUAGCAUGUAUGAAGAUGUUGCGACAUUCUAUUGAGGGCGGUGAUAUUGAGGUUUUGGGUAUGUUGUUGGGCCAUAUGCAAGGGGAGACUAUUGUCGUCGUGGACUCGUAUGGCUUACCUGUAGAAGGAACAGAGACUAGGGUAAAUGCACAAAUGGAAUCCUACGAAUAUAUUGUACAGUACUUGGAUAGCAUGGUAACCGACAGAAUGGCAAUUGUUGGUUGGUACCAUUCACAUCCUGGAUACGGUUGCUGGUUAAGCGGUAUAGAUGCCGAAACUCAAGCAUUGAAUCAGAAUUUUCAAGAUCCUUAUUUAGCUGUGGUUAUUGAUCCUAAGAAAUCGCAGGAGAACGGGGUUUUAGAAAUUGGGGCAUUCAGGACCCUUCCAGAUUGCGACAACAAUGCCAAGUCUGCGUCUUCAUCGACCAACGAUAUGAAAUAUGGGCGCCACUCUUCAAAAUAUUAUGAAUUGCAGGUCACGUACUUUGAAGGGAAGUAUGAUAGUAGCUUGUACCAAUCACAGUUAAUAGUCCCUGUGCCAAAGCUUUUAGAUGCGGAUGAAGAGGUCUUAAUUCGCCAAAUGUUAGGAUUUGCUAGAGCAUGUAGGAAUAUCAAGAAAUUACAGGUGACAAAUAGGACCUUUUUGCCCAAAAAUAUUAGCUCUUACAAUUUAGAUGUUUCAGAGCAAGAUAUAUCAAUGGAGAAAUACAAUGGAUCAGACUCUGUUGUGGACAUUAACCCGGAGGAUAAACAUAUUCCGCAAUCUGUUAUUGAAGACGAUUAUAAUGACGGCGGAGCUAUAAAUAUGGGUGAACAUAAUGUUAAUAUGAAUAAUGACAGUAAUUCUGCAGACAUCGUAAUGGAUACUGCAAGUGUUUCGAGCAACGAUGAACAGCCACAAGUGGCCUUUCAAGAAGCAUCAGAUUCACAGAUGGGCGUGGUUGAAAAUGAAUACCUAAGGAUAAAACGAGAACUUCUGCUGUUUAAAAUGCAAGACUAUCAGAAAUUAAGAUUUUACAGAGACGCAUUUACACUAUAG